CGUAGUCGACAUCAAGCCACCAUGUCGAACGUCACCGCCGCCGUCGCGGUGCGAGCACGCGCGGCGAGACUGUCCAUUGCCCUCGCCCUGCGACCGCUUCUAACAUACCAUUCACAGCAUCUCCACGACUGCCGCCUCCGCGUUCCGUUCGAACGACCCGAUGAAUUCGACCCCGUUCCCCGCACACGAAUAUGAGAAGCGCUAUCAAUAUCUCAAACUUCAGCAGCCCGCUCUCAAAGAGCGAUUGAUCGAGCAGCGUCUUAUGAACCCCGAUGGUCAGAUGAGGCUCGAAGACGCCGUCACCAAAUACGGCCUCUGCAAUGAGAUGUGCCCCGAGUAUGAGAGAGUGCGCCGGAUAGCCCAGAACGACUACAAGGCUGCAGAAUGCACGCCGGAAACUGCGCAUGACCGUCGGAAGGGAAUCCCGGACGAAUCGCGUAUGGUGAAGGCCUACAAGCGGUCUGCAGCGGGCAUGGAUGAGGAGCUGGUCACCGAUCUGCGAACCCCGGAUGCUUGCCUGAAAUCCAUGAAGUAUAUGAUCAGUCGGCUCGACAACGACGGCAUGGAGUUCCUGCAACACUGGAUCUGGGACCGAUCACGUGCUGUGCGAAAGGACCUCACCUCUCAAUCUGGCCUCAAGCCCAAGGACAUCGACACAUACUUGGCAUGCCACGAACUGAAUGCCCGCUUCCACCUGACCAGCCUCCACCACAUGUCCCGGAGCACAAUGCAGAGCUAUAACUAUACGCAAGAUCGGGAGCAAUGCUUAUCCACGUUCACGUCCCUGAAAUUUCGGUACGAGGACAAUCGACGUGCAAAUAUUCGUUCCGCCAACGAGGCUGAGUUCCUGGCAUACCGAAUCAUUCUCUCCUUAGACACGGGCGAUACGAAGCCCGUGUACGAAGUCAACGCAAAAGAUAAAGACAAUAAACAUAUACAACCGGAGAGCGUACGGCUGAACCAUCGCGUCCAAACGGCACUAGAUAUCCACCGUGCCGGGAACAUAGCCUUAUUAUACGUGGAAGAACGGGAUUUCGUUCCACAGCGGCAGAAUUGGGCGCGAUUCUGGGCAUUGAUAAAGUCAUCCCGCGUGUCCUAUUUGAUGGCUUGCGCUAGCGAGCUAUCUUUCAACAGAAUCCGCCAUCAUAUCCUGGACACCAUUCGGCGCGUAUAUAAGCCAGGGACGGCCAACAGGCUCAUUCGGAUGGAGGACUGGACGCUUGAUAAGCUUACCAGCAUUCUCGGAUUCGACACUCAUGACCAAGUUAGGCACUUCUGCUCGCUGUACGGGUUUAAUUUCGAAAUUAAUAGCGAGGGGGUGGUAUUCCUGGAUAUCAAUUCUAAUCCUUACACGGGUCAAGGCCUAAAGCGGCCGAGCCAGAUGAAGCUGCAGUAUUUCUCCGAGACGAUUGUGGAGUCGAAGCGGUACGGGCGUUCUCUCUCCGCCAUCAUUCACGGCAUGUCCGUGCAUGACUCCAGCGGCAGCGGUAUGGUGGCCGAGUCGCAUCUCAAUACGAGGACAGAGGUAGACGGUGACGAUUCUCUGUUCGUUCCGGAGGACACUCCUGCCAAGCCUAACGGUGCUACGUCAACCAGCGGCUUACCCGGUAUGGCUCCCGUUGGCAUGAGCACCAAUACCCCGGAGAAAACUGGAACACCGAACCUCAGCCCGUUUGCCAAGCCAUUCCAGCCCUCUGGCAACACGAAUUAUUUCCUAGCCAACGCGAAUGCGGCGGCGCCGAACCCGAACCCUUUUACGAGCCAGCAGUCUCAGACACCCACCAGCCAGGCAGUCGGAAGCUCGUCCUUCCUAGGGGCAACGCCAGCAACCGUCCGACCGGGCCUUUUCGAUGCCUCGAAAAACUCUAUUCAUUUUGCGACGCCGAUCGUGGUCAAUGGUACAGCACCAAGUGGCCAGUCUGAGAACCCAUUCUCGAGGACGGCACCCACCACAUCCGCUUCGGAAAAUCCGUUCACAGCUGCUACCACGGCUACAUCCUCUAAUCCCUUCAAGACUGCUACAAGCAGCAUGUCAUCAGUCCCAACUUUCCCAAUCAAUGGAGGUACGCCCAAUGGAACGUCAACCCAGUUUUCGUCGACUUCACAGGGAUCAUUCUUCACCACCCCGACCACCUCGGCCUCUCAGCCCAUGGGUGGUCUUGGCGUACCGACAUUCCAGUCGCCCCCACUACAAGCAGUCUCGUCAACGAAAGAAGAACAACAACGAAGAGCUGCAGAAGAGCAGCGCAUGGCUUUCGAGGAACAGCAACGCAUUGCGGAACAGCAACGGAUCGCGGAAGAACGUCGAAAAGCUCUCGAAGAGCAACAACGGCUUGAGCAACAACGGUUUGAGCAACAACGGCUUGAGCAACAACGGCUUGAGCAACAACGACUUGAGCAACAACGAUUUGCAGAAGAGCAGCGACGACGUGCUCAAGAGGAACAGGAGCGAAUGGCCCUUGAAGCAGAGCGGCAGCGUCGCCUUCAAGAAGAACAAGAACGUCAGCAACGCAUCCAGGAAGAGGAGGAGCGGAAGGCUCGAGCUGAAAAGGAGCGAGAGGAUGCAUUAGACAGCCUCGCUACAAACGUGUUGAUGGGUUCCCCGAACGGUCUUAUGGAGCAAUUCCUGGAGAAUCUAACAUGGAAUCUGACCAGAGAGCUCCUAGAGAAGCAUCAAGAGGAGGAAAUGAAGAAAUUGGCAGACAAGAUGUAUGAGCAAAAGCGAUUAGCCUUUACCCGGGCCGUUUGUGCUCAUUGGGUGUACCAAGUGGAGAAGAAAAAGAAGAGGGCACAGGCACGAGAGCGGCGGAAGCGCCUGAAGGAGGUUAGGGAAGCCGCCGCAAAAGCCGAAGCUGAGGCGCUCUACAAUGAGCCGGCUCCGCAGGUUGUGGCUGCGAUUGCUCAGCCCAAUGGUACGCCCAAUGGCUUCAAGAAACCGGAUGCGCCUGCUAGCGUUAACCGCCAGUACAAGCCACCGAAACCACAGAAAGCAAUAACGGCUGAGAAGAUGUUCAAGACCAUCCAGAAGAGGUCAAAGAACACGAAGGUGGCCAACAAGAAGCCACAAGAGAAGGACAUUUUGCGCACCUCCGUCAGCAAAAAGAGCACGAGCAGUUCAAUAUCCACGAAUGGCGACUAUUCCAAAGCAUAUUAUGCUGCAAAGGCGCAAUCGAAGGCGCCUAUCGAUCGUACUCAAACUGAUUGGUUCGAGCUAAAGGCCAUGGGUAUCGAUCCGAGCAAGCAUCGCAAACGAAGCUUUGGCUCUAUAUCAUCUGACGGUGAGGAUGAGCCUGGCAUUGGACCCAAGCGAGCCCGUCGGUCCACCUCGUCGACAUAUCGACCAUUGCCCCCACCGGCCUCGGAGGAAGAACUCAUUGCUCGUUUCCGCGCUGUACAGGAGAAGCUCAACAAGGGCAGAUCGACCCCUUGUUCUUCUGACGGUAACCGAUCGAUCAAUGAGAGCUCCAGUCGCAUUGUCGCGCAAGCCCGAGACUCGUUCGCCCACAUCCCGACGCCGAAGAAUUCACCGCCGAAUAUGCAUCCAAAGUUCAGCCGAAGUGUCCCCGAGCUCGGACCUCCGAAGCCAGCUCCGCGUCUCUCGAUGUACGGUCAAAGCAUUGGUGCCCCUUUGCCGAACGAACGUCCCGCUUAUUGGAGCCGCCCCAGCCGCUUUGUGCCUCCGCAUCUCUACGGCAAGGGUGCAGAAGCGGUUCGCGCCUAUCGCGACCAGCUGGCCGGUCGAUCCCCCGCUAGCAGCGAGCCUUUGGAGUUUUCAUCGCCAAUCUCGACGCAGCAGUCGUAUGUGCCGCCAGGCUUUACUCAGCAAUAUGAUGAGCAACUCGAGCACGCUGUCGGGCAUGAAGCAGACACAGAAGAGGAUGAGCAGUUCUAUGAGGAAGAAGAGUACGAUGAGAUUGAUGAGGUCGGUGGGGGGCAGGACGUCUACUACGAGCAGCAUGAGUAUUACGACGACGACAACGACGACGGCGAUUCCGAGAUGAGCGAUACGGAUCCGCCUUUCGAGCAGUAUGCUCAGAAGCCUGGCGGUACACAGGAUGAUGCUAUCGAACUCUCCGACUAAGCGCUUACAUAUAUCUCACACGGUCACGAGAGUACUCCAGCUGAGCGUCUCCUUUAUCUCCAAGGACGCAAUCGAGCUCUCAAUCUCGAAAGACGUCCUCCGUCAUCUCAACAAAACGGUGUUAUUGCAUUUCAGGAUAUCGGGGCGUGGCAUUUGCUCCGAACCAUAUGGGCUUUCUAUCAGGCUUCUUUUCUGCAUCAGCCUCGGUGUUUUAUGAUUCACUGUGCAUCGAGAUCAUGCGAUGGUUUUCAUUUGCGGGCUUUUC